AUUCAAGUGGCUGUGCGGUGAAACACCCUUUCCCGUGCAGCCCGCUAAGAAAUUCAUCCCCAGAAAACCCCCUGGCAAGGAUCCGCGCAGGCCAGCAUUCCAACAACCUCGCCUCAACUUUUCCAUCUCUACAGUACAACCGUUCUCGUGUUUGCUGCUGGCUUCUAACCCGCAGCUCGUUCUCUUUCUCUUCUGACAAUCUCUUGUGUAUACCUUUUCCAGCAGAAGACAACAUAAUCAUAAUCGCAACAACUGCAACACGCGGCCGCAUCGACGCGGUUUCCUGACCUUACCUGCAGCACAUAGGCCCCCGAUUUGCGCCAUACGACAGAAGCCACGGCAUAACGGUUUCGGCCUUCCUUCGUUGCGAUUACAGUAGAACGUUGGCAGUCACACCACGACAUACAAAAUAGACCUAGCAUUCCCUUGUUGUCACGUCUUUAGCCCACGAUGAAGCUGCGUCAUAAGCAAUCGCCACUCGUUCUCUUGCUCCUACAGUCCCUUGCCGCAACCGCUGUUCUCGCCGAACGACAGCUGGAUAGGGACUCGGUUGCCGCCGACUCCUACAGAUCAGACCCCAUCAUCGACACACCAGCUGCCGUCAAAAAGUAUGGUACCAAGGAUGCGCCGAUUGACGGCAAGGACGGGAGGCCCCAUGCUGGUCCCUUCGUCGAGCUCGACAGCGCAUCCGAAUCCUCCAAGUUGCCUGUCCUGAAAGACCGGCCGACCGAUCCUACAAUCAUUGACGGAAAGAAGAUCCCGGACAGCAACGACGGAGUCAUGGAUGACAAGAAUCGAUCGGAGCCCAAGAAGGGCACCACGGGAUUGGAGGGCGGCGUGAGCGAGAAGGACAAGGAGCGGAAGCUCAAAGAGCAGACUGGCGAAAAGGUUGAAAACAAGCCCCAGGCACCAAAGGAAGCACCUCCCCUUCCACACGCUGAUCAGGAGAAGAUCCUGGCCGCAGCUGGAGAUGGCGAGGGCAGAGAUAAAACGUCAGAGGAUGUCUCCGGUCUCGAGAAACCGGCAGACCUUCCCGAAAAGACCCACGACAAAUCCCUUCCUUUGCCUGAUUCAGCCGCCAACAUCGACCAUCUGGACAUCACCAAGGGGAGCAAGGGCCAGAGUUCGGGCUCCGGAGACGAUGAAGCCGAAGGCCUCAUUCGACCUUUCCACUCGUUUGUCCUGUCUCUCACCAUGAUUCUCUUCUCUGAAAUUGGUGACAAGACGUUCCUUGUUGCUGCCUUGAUGGCGAUGAAGCAUGACCGGAUGGUGGUCUUCACGGCCGCUCUCAGCGCCUUGGUUGCCAUGACUGUCCUCUCGGCCAUGUUGGGUCACGCCGUGCCUGCCCUAAUCUCGGAGCGUCUGACGCAUUUCCUCGCCGCUGCGCUCUUCACCGUCUUUGGUGUCCGACUGCUGCGUGAAGGUCUUGCCAUGAGCCCGGACGAGGGUGUUUCCGCCGAGAUGCAGGAGGUGGAACAAGAGUUGGCAGAAAAAGAGCAGGAGGCCAGAAAGCACGGUCGUAGAAGAUCAAGUGUUUCACCGUAUGCUCUGGAAAUGGGCCUUGGCACUCGCAAGUCCCGAUCCAAGUCUCGCUUCCCCACUCCUCCUCGCAGCCCUUCGAGUUCGCCCGAGAGCCGCAACCGGUCUGGUCGUAACGCUCUCGGUGGAUUUGUAUCUGGCUUGAGCAAUCUCUUUUCGCUGCUCCUGAGCCCUGCGUGGGUGCAGACCUUUGUCAUGACUUUCCUUGGAGAGUGGGGUGACCGCAGUCAAAUUGCUACCAUUGCGAUGGCGGCUGGUCAGGAUUAUUGGUGGGUGACUUUGGGUGCCGUCUUGGGCCAUGCCUGCUGCACUGGUGUUGCAGUCAUUGGGGGCAGAGCCAUUGCCGGCAAGGUCAGUCUCAAAGUUGUUACUGUUGGAGGCGCCAUCGCGUUCCUGGUAUUCGGCUUCAUCUACUUCAUUGAGGCCUUGUAUUCCUAG